CUGCACGACAUUCGAGACAAACACAUCAGGAGAAGCAUCAUGGAGGCAGGAGCGGCUCUUCUUCUUCUUCUGGCUCUGCUGGGCUCGGGCUCGGCCGACUUCUAUGGGGACAGCAUCAGUUUAAUGGCCCCACAGUGGACAGCAGAUGAAGCACUCAAGUUGACCGUCCACCACCGGCUCAACGGCCGGGGCGACUGUCAGAACCAGAGCCAGCUGCUGUCCUGCGAGGGGGGGGCCUGCCGGCCGCUCGACCAGUCGGCCGCCCAGGAAACGGACAGAGACGGCGCCGGCCAGAGCAGGUGGUGCCAGUCUGAGGGACGCAGCACAGCCACGGUGCCGGCCAACAGCACCAGGCUCAGCCUGAGCGGCUCGGGCUGCUGCUGGACCUCCAACGCCCAGGCACGGACCAACUGGACCAGCCACGCGGAGCUGGACCUGCGCACGCGCUCCGACACGCGCUCCGUCGACCGGUGCCCCGUGACCACCAGCGUCUCCUCUCUCCGCAACAUCAGUCUGACCUCCGCAGAUGGCGCCUCUGAGUCCCGGGAGGCGUCCGACACCACCGCCCCCCCGCUGUGCCGAGUCAAGCUGCAGUUCACCGUGGAGGUCCUUUCCCCGGUUCCAAACUGCGUGCUGGGCCACGUGCUGCCCAUGUUCCUGUCAAGGACCCCGUCCCAUGGAGACGUGCUCCACGCCACCGUGGGCCAGACCUUCCAGCUGUUCGCGGAGGCCCAGGCCCAACACGCCACCAUCCAGGACUUCCAGAUCAGCGCCCCCCAGAACGCCAGCAAGGAGGUGAAGGAUGGCGCGUUCGGGAAGGCGGAGGUCACCCUGAGCUGGACGCCGCAGCCCAGUGAUCUGUACCGGCUGGUCCCCAUCUGCCUCACAGCGGAGACCAAGGACAGCCAAUCAGAGAUGAGGUGUGUCGUCGUCGUUGUGACCAGAGCGACCAUCACUCAAGGAAAGGCCACGGUUAUUUGCUCCUCGAACAAGAUGAUGGUGGCUCUUGAAAAAGCGUCCAUGCCCAACAUCGAUGAGAACUUCCUCAAACUGAGAGACCCUUCGUGCUCGCUGACCUCCAACGACACCCACAUCUUGGGCACCAUGUCCUUCAGCGCCUGCGGCACCAAAUUUGAGGAUAAAGGUGACUUCAUCGUCUUCAAGAACGAGAUCAACUCCUUUGAGAUGCCCAACGAGGUCAUCAUCCGCAGGGAGACGGUCAGAAUCGACUUCUCCUGCGAGUUCCCCAAAACCAUCAGCAUUUCCAGCUACUACAACCUCAAGAAAUCUGACUACAUCUUCACUGAGUCUAGCUUCGGCAGCUUCGGCUACAGCUUUGAGAUCUUCAAGGACAGCAACUUCUCUCAGAAGGUGGAGGCCAGCGCCUACCCGGUGGAGGUCAAGCUGCUGCAGAUGGUCUACAUGGGCAUCCAGGCUCAGUCCGAGCUCCCCAACGUGAAGCUGUUUGUGGAGUCCUGCAAAGCGACGCCAGACGACAACCCAGACAACGCCAUGUUUUACAGCCUCAUCAGGAACGGGUGUAACGAGGAUGAAACUGUUAAAGUUCACCCGUCUGAUCCGACUUCCUUCAACUUCGAGGUGCAGGCCUUCAAAUUCACUGGGAACUACGAUCAGGUGAGACUCUGGUGUGAGUUCAGCACCAGGCACAGUGUUAGCAGCUCCUGA